AUGAUACGCUCCACAUUAUCCCACAAUAAUGAGACAAUUCAUGUCGGCCAGGUUAGUUACCCACGUGCAAUCCAGAAAGAGGUACUGGAAGUUGUAGAGCAUUUUACGUAUCUUGGAAGUUGUAUUACUUCUGAUUGUCUUGUGACAGAUGAGGUGAAUGCACGAAUCUGCAAGGCACGGACCGCGUUUGCUAAUUCGAGACACCUAUGGGGUCAGAGUGGUUUAUCCCUGAAUCUCAAAGGACGUGUGUAUCAAGCUACACUACGGGCUGUUUUGUUGUAUGGGUGUGAGACUUGGCCUAUUCGAGCAGCGGAACUGAGACGUCUUCAGGAGUUCGACAAUGGUUGUCUCAGAACCUUAGCUCGUGUGGGUUGGUGUCGGCAAAUCCGUAAUGAGGCAGUUAGAAAGCGCGUUUUGGGUUGUGUAACGGGUGCUUCCAUUGAAGAAUGUGUUCAUCCACAGAAGCUGUGUUGGUUAGGAUAUGUGUUGCGUAUGCCAAACCAUCCUGUAGCACCCCUUCGGUGCCUAGCUGCCAUGCCACACGAAGGAGGCACGAGGGCUGGGAUACUGUCAGGUCGCCCAAGCCUAGACAGGGGAAGUCGAGAGGCAGAGAUCGGGUUCGAACCACGGACCUCCCCGUCAGUAAAUUCGCGCUCUUACCACUCGGUCCAUCUCGCCCCCUCAUCGGCCUAUCGGCUCUCUGUGCUAACAUCAUGCUGCCUAGCUGCCAUGCCACCCGAAGGAAGCAGAAGGCCUAAGAUACUGGCAGGUUGCCCAACCCCAGAGAAGAGAAGUCGAGAUGUCCUAAGGGAGAAAGAAUCAGCGCCGAGAAACCUGUUUCCCCGUGACGUCCUUUCUACAGUACGGGCUGUUUUGUUGUAUGGCUGUGAGACUUGGCCUAUUCGAGCAGCGGAACUGAGACGUCUUCAGGUGUUCGACAAUCGUUGUCUCAGAACCAUAGCUCUCGUGAUUCAUUUGAAAGCCAUAUUGCGAAGAAAAGAAUACAAGUGGAUGGGAAAGGGACUUAGUGCUAGAUUACUAAAGUCAUUCCGAGAUGCCUACACCCCCAAGACACUCAUUCAGGCAAGCUGGAUAGAAACUGACAACACGAACGCCAUUAACGUUGACUAUCAGCCAUAUCUUGCAGUGUCUCCAACCAGACGCAGUGGGGGUAACGCGAUCCCCACCCUGGAAGUCCAGUUGCACCGACAGCACCCAGACUUCCGUAAUCUCUUUCACACACUUCUGACAGGUCAUCUGUGUGCUUCUGCCACUCUGGAUGGGUCACGGAGUACACUGAUCUCUUCGACUCAACUGAUCUAUGAUGUUCUGCAACUGAAUGUGCUGCACACAGGCCGCCUCAUGAUUCAAUUGGCACAAUAUUCGAGAUAUCAC